AUGUCGCGAGGAAGGUCGUCCAUCACACUGACAAGUGCCCGACCGUUGCGCUCGUUGAAUCGCACACAAUGCCGAGCUCAUUCCUCACUCGCAGAGCGCCUCCAGCGUGAGCUGACCACGCGCAAGCUCCCAUUGAUGUACGACUAUCUACAUCCUCAACCUUCGCACAUGCUGGAUUUGACGCUAUGCGACCUUUUACCACGAGCACCUGAUGGCCACGGUGUACAAACGAGAUUACCUUCAGUCACGAAACCGUCGCCGCUACCAAUCGCCCACCACUUGAUCUACUUCCCUCCCCAGGUUACUUUGUCGCAAUUAUUACCAGACGGCACAGACGUGCUUCAUACACCAGGACACCCUUUCAAUCGACGACUAUGGGCAGGAGGAAAUCUCCGGUUCCCCACCGGAGCCCCUCUUCUAGAUGGUAGUCGGGCGGUCUGCAUCGAGUCCAUGCGCAAUGUGACUGUCAAGGGACGGGAAGGUGAAGAGAAAGUCAUAGUCACCAUUGAGCGGCGCAUGGGAACAGUACCAGAGGGAGAGCCCGAAGCUCAUACCUGCAAUCGCAUAUGGACAGAAAAUGAAGCAGACGCCGGGCAGUCAUCAGUAAUUGAGAACCGGGACUUGAUAUUCAUGCGACGCAAAACUGCGGAGCAGAUUCAGAUGGAUCAGAAGCAAUUCUCUAAAUCAAGUCGUAUUGUCAAAGCUCCUUCGGACGCUACCUUCCGCCAUUCGAUUCUACCCACUAAGUCGUUAUUGUUCCGCUUUUCAGCAUUGACAUUCAAUGCUCAUUUGAUUCAUCUGGAUCCGAAUUACACGCAGAACCAGGAGGGGUACAAGAACCUUCUCGUACACGGCCCGUUGACCUUGACUCUGCUUCUGAGUGUGCUACAGCAUCACCUUAGCAGUUCAGGUCUCCGCGUGAACAGAUUUGACUACAAAAAUCUAGCGCCUCUCUUCGUGGAUGAAGAAUUGACAGUCUGUGGUAGAUCUAAGGAUGACAGUAGCGCCUGGGACGUAUGGAUUGAAGGUCCUGACGGCGGCCUGGCUGUUCGGGGAACUGCGAAAACCGGCAAAUUGAUACAGUGA